AUGAUUGCCAUCGACCUUAUUUCUGACAAGGACAUCAUCAUUUUGGACGAGCCUACAUCUGAUCUUGAUUCCUAUCUUGCCUCGACUCUGAUCUGUUUUUUGAAAAAGCUGGCAACAGAGAAGUCUAAGAUGAUAAUACUGACAAUUCAUCAGCCGUCUGAACAAAUUGUUAAGCAAUUUGACAACAUUCUUUUCAUGGUCAAGGGAUGUGCUGUGUACAGCGGAGCAUUUAACCAAUUAGAUAAGCUCCUACAGACAAACGGUAUUGUUAGACCGGCUGACUGGACCACUUCAGAUUUCUUGUUUGAGGCUUUCUAUAAUAGCUCGACAUUUAAGGCCAUUAGCGAUCAGAAAGACAAUAUUUCAAUUUUCCUUGAGAAGAUUUUUGCUAAGUCAGAUGAACUUGUCGAUUCUUGCAAUGCCUCAAACAAAAGUUCAAAGUUUGUGAGCUGGGCAUUUGACCUUCCCCAAAUCAGUAUUCUGUUGAAAAAAUCUUUGCGACAAGUUUUUUCUAGAAAGAUGUUUUAUUAUAGAAUUGUAGUCUGUCUUAUACUGCUGUUCUUGUUGCCAUUCUUUCAAAGGGAGUUCUUCCAGAGUCCUUCACAAGAUGCUUUCAAGUCGAUUGCCGAGAAUUUAACUGCAUCUGGCAAUCAAAACACAUCAGCUAUUACUGAUAUUAUUAAUGUAUCAGGCACCGAUAAUGCCGUUUUCAAGGCUCUUUCCCAUAUCUACACGUUUAUACAAAACCAUUCUGUAUCCAUCAUAAUGGUUGGCUGCAAUUUGUACUCGAUAUUAAUGACAUCUGAAGUCUUCGCUUCUAUCGUUUUAGAUGAAAAAGAGAUGCUUUUGGGACACUUCAAGCCUAGCUCCUACAUUAUCUCCGCUUUUGCAACUGAAUACAUCGUCUACCUCUGCACAGGCAUUCUGAUUUAUGCUGGACUGUUGAUUAUUGGCAUAGGAAGUCGCUUAUAUGCACUUUCUAUUUUAAGAAUCAUUAUGUCACACGUGCUUUUCUCAUUUACGAUUGUUCUCGUAAAUGUUCUUGGAUUUGCUUCUGGCUUGCCGCUCACGAUUAGAGAGAUGGUUAAACUAAUGAUAUUAUAUACUCCUAUCAUGCUUUAUAUGGGAUUCCCAGCCGUCGUUGAGUUUGUUAGUGAGAUUAGUAGCAUCUUGGCAAUGCCAUUAAGAAUACUGUUCGCCAUUGUUGACUUCAUGUUCCCAUCGAUCCUGGUCUUUACAUACACAAACCAAAUCAUCCAAUCAAAGUUUAGCAAAGAAUUUGAGGAUGUCUUGAAGGACGUUAGUGAUGAUAGUGCGAAGGCAACAUUGAGCUUUAUUUCGGAAUUCUUCAGCAAAAGUGUUUCAUAUCUUGCCAAAGGCACUUAUGGAAUAUUCCCUGAGCAAAUUGGUGUACUUCCAGUACUGAUUGCAUCUUUAGUGGUCAUUCCACUGGCCACACUCGCCAUUUUUACCUAUAAGUUUUCGCCAAGAGUUUCUCUCAAUCCUUAA